UGUCUCGUUAUCUGUAAUGUAUAGAGAAAAAAAACUUUUGACUUCAUAAGUAGUAAGUUCUCUGAUAAAUAUUGCAUUUUGUUGUGGAAGAAACAGUUGUUCAUUGUGUUUGACACUGUAGACCUUUAAUUAUGCAGAAUUUCAUGUCUAUUAAAGACCAAUCUGUGUGUUUCAGAGUCUCCGGUGAAUCCUCAAGUUGUGCUGUAUGUGAAUGAGCAGGAGCUGCAGGGUCAGCAGGAGGUGUUGGAGGGCAGAUCUGUGAGUCUGCGCUGCUCUGCUGAGACUCUCUGCUCUUCUCCUCCAGCAACUCUCACAUGGAGCUCCACUGCCAGAAUCCUCCUCAGUGAGAGCAGCAAACUACAGGAGCUCAUCAUCUCUGAUCUGAACUUCACAGCUGCUCAGCGGCACAACAGAGUCACUUUCACCUGCUCUAUAAGCUACCAGCUGCAGGACAACAACAGAACAGCUCACAGCAGCAUCACAUUACAUGUGCAAUGUAGGACUUUUACUGCCGUCUCUUCUCCUCCAUAAGACACUCAUAAAUCUAGUGGUUUAAUAUCAUUCUCUCUCUCUCUUUUAGAUACUCCUCAGAUCUCAAACUCCAGCUGUUCCAGUACUAAUGUAACUGUGUGUUUCUGUGAGGUUGAUGGGAAUCCCUCUCCUGAAGUGCAGUGGCAUCUGUCUGGACAUCCCGUCUCAAACUCUUCAAACACGUUCAUCAGUGAAGAGCGAAUGAGCAACACAAGCUUGAGGAGCUUCAUCUCUCUAGAUCACUCUCUCACACACACAAACACUCUGCUGUGUGUCAGUAAAAACACUCAUGGCACAUCAACUCAACUGUUUCAUUUGGACUUGGUCAUUCAAAAAGAAAUCUCAAAUCUGUUCCUUAUUCUGAUUGGAGCUGCUGCUGGGGCUUUUGCGAUUGUGAUGUUGUGUGGUGUUACAUAUACGUGUGUCCGAAAAAACAAUGGGAAACUUCAGCCGACUGACCAAGGAAAGGAAAGUGUUAAUAAUGUAGAUGAAGAGAAUCAAGAUGACUCUGUUGAUGCAAAUAACAUCAUGAUGUCAUCUGCUGGAGCCACUACAGGAAAUCAAGAGUCCAUUAUUUAUUCCUCCAUUGACUUCUCAAAUUCUAAAUCAAGGUCCCUGGAGGUGGAGAGCGUCUCUUGUCUUCAUGUUGAAUAUGCAGUGGUCCUGCGCGGUUCUGGAGGAACAGCCGGCGCAGAGAGUUCAGUGAGAGAGUCUACAAGAUCAACGGAAGCACAGGUGAUUGUGAGAGCAGAUGAGCUUACUAAACAAACAAAGUCAAAACAACCAGAGGAAGAGCUGUUUGAAGAAGACUCUCAGCUCUAUGCAAAGGUUCAUAAACGCCAUAAUCCAUAGAGAACAUCAGCAUGACUGUGUAUCAGCAGGAAAACAUUCUGAAUUGUUUUAGAGUUUUGGCCUUGACUAUUUCAUAAAAUUCAGGUCUUUUUUUCUUUUCUUAUUCAUCUCUAUAUGACACAAUGAAUUUAUUUGAGGUAGAUUUGUAUAUGUAUAUAAUCUAUGCAUUUAAAAAGUGAAGCAUGUAAACAGAUUUUUAUGUAAAUAUCUCAUAAAUGUUUAUCAAAGGAUGUAUUGUUUAAUUGUAGGAAAGAGAUAUUCUGAACUGUAAAGUCAGCAUGUCAUGCAAAGUUAGGGAUUACUGUAAUCUUUAAUCUCACAUAACCAGAUGUACAUAUUAUAUUCAAAACACUGUAAAAAGUCUUGCUGCCUUAAAUGUUUAGUUGAAUCAAAUUAACUUUUCUUGUCAUUUCAACUUACGUAAACCAAACUUACUAUAAUAUUAAGCUAAACUUUGAAUAGCUUAAAGAUUUAGUUGAAACCUGAUUAACCUAUUAAAAUAAGUUAAUUUAACAUAAAAAACAUUUGUUAUCAUGACUUUUUGCUGUAUCAGUUUUUACAGUGCAUUGUGCCAGUGGCUUGUGUAGCUUUUGCAAGUUUUCAGUUAGCUAAAAUCCAAAUAUUUCUCUUGCAGUAUUCUUGCUGUUGUUAUUUUAGUUUUAAGUUUGCUUUUGUGAGGAAAAUGUGCAGCUUAAAUGUGAGGGUAAUACAUAGCUUUCAGUUCCUUGUAUGUAUUCUCUUUUUAUUGCUACACUCAAAUAUUGUAAAUAUUCCAAGAGAAGUUUAUGAAAAACUUAUGCAAUAAAUGAUAACCCUUAAUUUGUUACCUAAUGUUUUGAAACAAUUAU